AUGGUUGGCGUUCACUACAACUUGGAGCUGGCGGCUGCAGAUCUCCGUGAAGGUGAGAGGAGUCUCCAGUCAGUAGGCAAGAGCAAAUCAAAGCAGUUCACCAACGUACUCCUUCGGAUUGCGGUCAUGGGCGAAUCUGCGACGGGCAAAUCAACGCUCCUCAACGCGCUGCUCGAUUUGAAUGAAAAUGAUGAAGGGACCUCCCCAAUCGGCUGUACAGAAAAUGCUACUGGAAUAACAUCUUACCGCCAUCCCACCCUCCCUAAUGUCCAGUACUGUGACUUCCCCGGGCUGAACACGCCCUGGUUCCCAUUGCGAAAGUUAAUGAAGGAGACGAAGUUUUCCCAGUAUGACCUGUUCAUCAUUGUGACCGACGGUCGGUUCGCGGACAGUGACCAGUUACUAGCCAAAGCGCUGAAAAAGGCGGGUAAACACUUCUAUCUGGUGCGGUCCAAGAUCGCGACACUGUCAGGUCGGAGAGCUGGAAGAAGGAAUUACAAACAGGAGAAGAUGCUCCAGAGAGUGAGGAAAGAGUACACCUCCUCACUAGAGGCUUCAGAAGUACAGAAUCCCCGAGUUUUCCUCUGUUCCGCAUAUAAUCCGGACUGGUACGAUUUUCCUGCUUUAAGGGAAACAGUGGUGUCCAAUCUAUCAGAAGCACAGAAGAGUUUGUUCCUGGCGGCGCUCCCCUACACAUCCGAUGUGGCUUUACAGAGAAAACGUAAUGUUCUACAGCGUUACGUGCUAAUUCUGUCCGUCGCUUCGGGGGUUGUCGGUGCAGUUAACGUGCUGUUAUGUCCACUUCCCUGUGACCUGGUUAUCAUUGCCUCGGGUAUCCGAUUCUUGCGGAGGUGUAUGGGUCUGGACGAUCGGUCCCUCGGCAAACUGGCCUGGAGAGUGGGGACAAGUGUGCCGGAGCUGUGGAACGACACAGAGCGCAAAUUUCUGUUCGGGGAUUUCACCAGAAACGAUCUAAUGCUGAUAACGCCGAUGGCGCUGGUAGCUGCCGGGGCCAAAUGGCAUGUUGUGGGUAAAUUGCACUUGGGGGGCAACUGGCCCUUUGGGCCUAUUCUCGGUACUGUUGUGGAUGGCAUAUUGUCCUUUGGCGUGGCGCUCCUGACGCUGAAAAAGUCGCUGGAUGUAAUGGUGGAGUCAGCUGAAACAAUCAUGCAAAAAGCCGAGGCAGCCGCUGCUCCAGCUCCGAGGGAAGGCGGAAGUUACUAA